AUAGUAGACGGGGGAACCAUCGUCUCCGCCGAAACAUUCCGUGCGCCGGAUCAAGAUGUCUUCAGGAGGGAGCGAAACGCCGAAAGCUGAGAAACCGUGCAAGCCAUGUUGUGUCGGUAAAAAAAUGUAUAAGCCCCAGAAUUUGCCGAUCUAUGGAUGUCCGGAGUGCCCUUCCAAAUUUGAAGUAAUUGAAUCGCCCCCGAGUCCUAUCGAAGCCUACGUGAAGACUCUACGAGUCGCCGUUUCGCCGGGUCUCCUAGCAGCCAAACAAGUGGCUGAUCGAGGAGUGCAGAUCAUGGACACGGCCGUCGCGCACACGCAAUCAUCGUGGGGCUACGUAACCAGUGAAGGCAACUCGACGGUGAAAGGUAUGGCGAUCCUCGGCGGAGGUUUAGCUGGAAUGAUCCUGGCGAGGAGAGGCGUCUUCAGAAGAAGUCUUUUCGGCGCUACCGGCGCUGGAGUCGUGGCCGCGAAUCUCUAUCCCGAAGACUACCACCGGUACAGGGACGAAACGAGUAAAGUCGUUUGCGGAACCGUGAAGGACACAACCGGUUACGACUUGGAGGCUGAGCUCAAGAAAAUCGAGCUUUCGAAACUGAGUGAAUAUGUCCCCAAGGGUUUGACCGCCUACUUCAGUGGAUCUAGAGAUAAGACAGAGGAACCCAAGAAGGCAUAGUUCAAGUUAUUGAAUUAGCUCACAGACUUAUAUUACGAGAGAAGAGCGAUGGAAAUAAAGCUAUGCUGGGCUUAGUGACACAGCGCUCCCUCU